CGACAGGGGACGGAAGCCGGAGUUGUUCAAUUGUGUUGCCGAUCAUUUUGACACGGAGUAGUUGACAGAGGCCAUGGCGCAAAAUGGGGAUACGCAGUGUGAAGAGCCUCAGGUUAAUAUGUACACUUUAGAAGAAGUGAGAAAAAGGAACUCGGCUAAGGACCUCUGGUUAGUGAUACACGGCCGAGUGUACGAUAUCACUAAGUUCGUGGAAGAGCACCCAGGUGGGGAGGAGGUCCUGUUUGAGCAGGCAGGGGCAGAUGCCACAGAGAGUUUUGAAGAUGUUGGUCAUUCCAUUGAUGCCCGGGAGAUGCUGAAACAGUAUUACAUUGGAGAUUUACAUCCGGAUGACUGUAAAAAUCAAGGACAAAAGGAUGUUCUGCUAACAACAUCGUCCAGCUCAUCCAGCUCUUGGUCCAACUGGCUAAUCCCCGCAGUGGCAGUAGUUCUUUUGGGUUUCAUGUACCGUUUUUACAUGGUCGAUAGUCGAUCCUCUUGAAAAGCAGCAACUUUCUAAAACCUGCCAUUGUCUUUACGCACAGAAAAACAAGCGGAAUCCACACACACAGCCACAAGGAUACUACCGCAUCUCUGCCACAGAUUAAUAUGUCAAAUUUCUGACAUGAACCUUUUUCGUUUUAUGUUUGUGACCAAGGUCUCUUCCUAAUGCUGUGAAGUAUGUUUGUCAGUCUGUCAAUUUAAGACCUUCUCACUGGACAUGAACAUAGUAUUCAUAUACUGUGAAACCAGCUACAUUCAACUAAAUACUUUUUUUACACUCUGGAAAAAUCUUUCUUGGUAUAAAGCAACAGGAAAAAGUCAUAGAGAGGAUAUAUUUUAGGGUAAAAACAAUAAUUCAUCCUGUUCUGACCUGUCAAAGCCUAAUCAUUUCAGAGAUGAAAUCCCUUGUCCUUAGUUCAGAUUAGGUACAGGUAUGGGAUUUGAAAUACUUGAGAACUGGGUUUUUCUGCAUAAGUGAUCAAAGGCACUAAGAUUGCCCAGGAGCAGUAAUCCACAGCAGCCAAUAAGAUGUUUGCUUUUAAACAGGUGACCAGUAAAUGCUACCUUCUAAUACAAUGUGUUACUGCUAGUGAUGGGGUAAACUGUUCCUUUUCGAUUCGCCUAAUUUAAUGAAACGGCAAAAAUUUGCCAAAACACCUUGAAGUCAAUGUGCAGUUUUUUCACUCAACAUUUGCCAAACGGUGCAGCUGUUUAUUUCUCAAUACAUUGGAGCCUAUGGGAUUUUUUUUUUUUUUGAGGCGAAACCUUGUGAACAAUUUUACCCAUCCCUGGUUACUGUUCCUGGGUCUUUUAUUACAGAAACACCCAUGUCUGCUUAAAAUAAUUGAAAUAUUAAAUAAAUCCAAUAGGAUUGUUUGGCCACCAAUAUAAAUUCAUGAUAUCGUAAUUAAUUACCACCAAGGACAAUCUACUGUUUUAUUAUUAGAGAGAAAAAGGAAAUCGUUAAUAAAAUUAGUGAUUUUUUAUUUAAAAUGGACACUAUGGGAGAUGGCCUUCCUGUAAUUUUGAGCUUUCCGGAUAAGGGCUCCCAUUCCAGUACUUUGAAAACAUAACCUUAAUAUAUUAAACUAACGGCAAUCACUUUAAAAGCAUCAUAAUAUUAUCAGUUCUGGAAAGGGUUCAUAAUUAGGCUGGAGACAGUCCAGUUUGCAGGCCUUAUAGAGGGGAUGGGGUAUGCUAGCUCAGCUCUGUGGGAAGUCAAGGUGGGGGCAGAAAUUAGUUAUUCUUUCUACCAUAAAGAAUGUUGUCUCUAUAUAUUUUUUAACUUGUUGCUUUAACUACCAUUUAUUUAGGUCUACAGAGAAAACAAGUUGCAGAACUUGUUAUGCCUGUAAUAAUAAUAUUGAUCCUCUAUGGUCACACUACAACUAAUGAAGCUGCUCUCUCCAAUCAUACAGAAGAUGCCUUGUUUGUGUUGUGCAUCUGAAUGCAGGUGAUACAGAUUAAUUGUUCAGUGUUUUUAGGCUUGAACCCAUGAGAUGUAAGGAUUAUUUUAUAUUCCCUGCUUGGAAUUCUAUCAUUUUAAUGCAUCUCUGUUUUUAAACAUGUAAUAAUUCAAUGAAAUUCUCUCA